AUGUCUUUCCACAAGCUUAGCCUACUCGUUUUCAGUUCGCUGAUCAACUGCUUUUUGGGUGCCCAUGUGGUGUACGUGGAUCGCUUCACCUUCAACGUCGAUGAUCACGACCUGUUCCUAUCCCAAAGUGCUGUUCUCGAACAGGAGUCAAAUCGCAGUUAUCUCUCGGGGCAUAUGAUGAUUAAUCGGCUGAUCAAUGAUCUAAUACUUGUUUCCUCAAUGGACGUUAUGCGUCCUAAGCGACCGGAAAUGCGACUCUAUAGUGUGAAAUUGAACUUCUGCUCGGUUUUGAAUAAUGGUUAUAAAAAUAAAUUCAUUAGAAUGCUUUACAAUAACUAUGCGGAGUUUCUCAACACCAAACCAAAGUGCCCACUUAAGCCAAAUUUUAAUUACUCCCUGACUAGAGCCUAUGUCGACGAAGAUAUGCUACCAGAUCUGUUGCCGGAGUGCACUUUUCGCCUGAAAAUGUCUUUCCACCACAAAUCUAAGCUAUUGGCUCACAUGCAGACUGAUGGAAAAUUGAUCAAACGUUAACGCAAUAAUAAUAUCCAAAUUUUCUGUUUUAAAAAACAAAAAAAAAAGAUUUUAAAUGAAUAAUCCAAAAGUAAUUUUGGCAUUAUAUGGAGCGUGGAUUUUCUAUUACGGAUUUGGUUCGAUGACUUUAGUAAUUAUGGACCAAUUAAGCAAGAAACCAAAAACGAGAUGUGUGAAU